CACAUUCUUCAUUUAUUAGUGUGGAAAGAAAUAUGUAAGAAGUAAUCAACUGGAGUGUCCUUGAGGUUUAUAGAUGGAGCAUAUUCUAAAUCAGCCAGAAGGCAGAGAACAACCACAACUGCAAAACUGAAAAAAAAGCAACAUGAGUACUGCAGGCAAAGUAAUAAAGUGCAAAGCAGCUAUUGCUUGGGAGCUGAAAAAACCCCUGAGCAUUGAGGAGAUUGAAGUAGCACCUCCAAAAGCACAUGAAGUCCGCAUUAAGAUCUUGGCCACGGGGAUCUGUCGCUCGGAUGAUCAUGUGAUCAGUGGUGCUUUUGCGAUGCCUUUGCCAAUGGUGCUGGGCCACGAAGCAGCUGGGGUUGUGGAGAGUGUUGGAGAGGGAGUGACUUGUGUGAAACCGGGAGAUACGGUAAUUCCACUUUUUGUUCCACAAUGUGGAAAAUGCAGACCUUGUCAGAGUUCCAAAGGCAACUUGUGUACUUCAAAUGACAUUAGUUCAGGCAGUGGCUUAAUGCCUGAUGGCACCAGCCGAUUCACAUGCAAAGGAAAGAGCCUCCACCACUUCAUUAGCACCAGCACCUUCACUGAAUAUACUGUGGUGCAUGAGAACUCAGUGGUCAAAAUUGAUCCUUCAGCCCCUCUGGAAAAAGUAUGUCUGAUUGGCUGUGGGUUUUCGACCGGUUAUGGGGCAGCCAUGGAGACAGCUAAGGUAGAGGCUGGUUCUAUCUGUGCUGUCUUUGGCUUGGGUGGAGUUGGUCUCUCAGUGGUCAUGGGCUGUAAAGCAGCUGGAGCUUCCCGAAUCAUUGGAGUUGACAUCAACAAGGAUAAAUUUGCUAAGGCUAAAGAAAUGGGAGCCACAGAAUGUAUCAAUCCCCAGGAUUUCCAGAAACCGAUCAAUGAAGUGCUCUUUGACUUGACUGGGGGUGAAGGAGUAGACUAUUCUUUCGAAGUGAUUGGACGCACUGAAACUAUGCUGUCUGCCCUUGCUUCCUGCCAUGAGAAUUUGGGGACCAGCGUCAUGGUGGGAGUGCCCCCAAAUGCAAGUAAGAUCACUUACGACCCGCUGAUGCUUUUCACUGGCCGCACCUGGAAAGGAUGUGUCUUUGGAGGGUGGAAAAGCAAAGAUUCUGUCCCCAAGCUUGUUUCAGACUUCAUGCAGAAGAAAUUCAUUUUGGAUCCAUUAAUCACUCAUACGUUACCUUUUGAGAAAAUCAAUGAAGGGCUGGAUAUGCUCCGGGCAGGAAAAAGCAUCCGGACUGUCUUAAAAUUUUAAGUUGAAGGAGAAAGAAGAAAACCAAUUACAGAAUAUUUUCUUAAAUUGCUGAUGUACCCUAUCUGCAGUUUUGAUAAUAACAAAAUGUCCUUCUACUUUAUCUUCAUGGACCAAAUGGAUGUGGAAGACUUUUAAGAAAUUCAUUUUAGGAAAAAAUGUUAUGAUCACAAAAUUUAAAACAUAUUUGGCUAAUUAGAUUACUGUCUCCAGGUAUAGAAAUACUGAUCGCCUAUUUUCUAAUCAUGUAUCUCUCUCUCUCUCCUCCAAAUAAAUAAAUGCUACAAACAUAGUUUUAGAUCUUUAACAUGUUCUUGUUAUGUAGGCAUUUUUUGAAUAAAGAAAUUUUGAAUUAUA